AUGGCUCUCCAAGCAACUGAGAAAGGUUGGUUUUCCAAGUCACUUUAUCAUGCUUAUAUCAAUGUGUAUUCUGAAAGUUCAAGGUGUUUGGUGGCGGAGACAGGGUUUGUUUUUCGGCUAAGAGAUUGGGGAAGUUGGCUUUGUGGGACAAUUGUUUGGGGAAAGAAGAGUGUUCAUUGUUUUGCUGCGCUUGGGUGUGUUAAGGAAGGUGAGUGUGUUCAUGGGUAUGUAUGUAAACUGGGUUUUAGCUAUGAUAAUACUGUGGUGAAUUCUCUGAUGGCUUUCUAUUUCAAGAAUAGAAGAAUUGAAAGUGCACGGAAGGUGUUUGAUGAAUUGCGUGACCGAGAUGUUAUAUUGUGGAAUUCAAUGAUUAGUGCGUAUGUGUCAAAUGGUGCUGCGGAGAAGGGAGUGGAGGUUUUCAGGCAGAUGUUUUGUCCAGGGAUUGAUGUGGACUUGGCUACGAUUAUCAAUGUUCUAAUGGCGUGUUCGGGCUGUGGAAAUCUUGCAUUAGGUAGGGUAGUUCGUGCUUAUGCGAUAAAAUCUGGUUUCAACAUAGAUGUUAUGUUCUGUAAUAAUGUUCUAGAUAUGUAUUCAAAAUGUGGCGAUUUGAGUGAUGCAAUUCGAGUGUUUGAGAAGAUGGGUCAAAGAAGUGUUGUGUCGUGGACUUCGAUGAUAGCAGGUUAUGUUCGUGAAGGUCUUUCGGACAAGGCAAUCGAGUUGUUUUGUGAAAUGGAAGAGAAUUAUGUUAGCCCAGAUGUUUAUACAAUCACAAGCAUACUUCAUGCUUGUGCUUGUAGUGGCUCGAUGGAAAAAGGCAAGGAUAUACACAAGUAUAUUAGAGAACAUGGCAUGGACUCGAGUUUGUUUGUCUGUAAUUUGCUCAUUGUUUGUUCUAUUUUAGAGGUGCAAAAGGGUAAUCUUGCUACUGGUUAA